AUGAUGAACAAAGUAUUUGUCGACGGCGGAAGUGGUCUCAAUCUUAUUUAUGCUGACACCCUCCGCGGGAUGAACCAUUCCGUGACAAAGCUUCCUGCAACGGACACAACCUUCCACGGCAUCAUCCCGGGCAAAGCAGCCACGCCACUAGGAAGAAUCAGCCUGGACGUGGUAUUCGGCUCACCCGACAAUUUUCGGCGUGAAAGACUCGACUUCGAAGUAGUCGACUGGCCUUCACAGUACCACGUGGUACUGAGCCAAGUCGCGCUGACUCGCUUCAAGGCGGUCCCGCGCCACGCUUAUCUCAAGCUCAAAAUGCCAGGGCCCAACGGCGUGAUCACCGUUUCAGGAAAUUUCACGUGA